UUACUAAAGAAGAAACUCAGGGUAGACAACUGUGAAUUUCACACUAUCAUCUUCUAGUCUUUUUAUUACGCCAUUUUCUAAGUAGUUACUUGUUCUUUUCUUGGAGUAUUGCCAUUAUCCAGCUCAUCAAAGAUGUUUUCGACUUUUCAGGCAGUCAUGGAAAACUCUCCAAUAUACCUGGAUUAUGAGACAAGUGAUUACGGUGUCCAAGAGCUUGAUCCACAGGUUAAUUUCUCACAGUUCCUGGAAGAAGCAAAACAACAUGUAAGAGAUAUGAAGUUUAAGGCCUCAUCAACAUUUUCUGAAGAAACUAGUAAGGGAAAACUUGGAGAAGAGAGAAAGGUUAAAAAGUCAUGGAGGAAUUCUCUGUUUCGAUGGUGGAAAGUGGAGAAAAAGAGCAAAGCCAGAACCGAAACUGCGAAUACUUCUCACAUUUCAAAGCCAAGAAAGGGUCAUGUUUCUGGUCCAAUAUAUGGAAGUGACAGUGUAGAUGACAUGAGGCACCAGCGUCCAACAUCUGGGCCAAUCACUAGCUUCUUCAACCCCAUCAGGAGAGUAGAGAAUGAGAUACCUUAUAUGUGUCUUGAUCAGCUUAAUGACUCUCAUCAUGUUAAGUCUUAUGGGCCUGUUUAUUUGGUUACUUAAUUUGUAUGAGACAACUUUGCAAUAGUGGAGUUUCUCCAUUUUGUCAGCAGAGUUAAUGUUGAUGGUUGCAGGAAGCAACUGAUGCCUAGAACUGGAAAUGUUACUACAGUUGGAUUAUCUGAUAGUGAAAGACUUGAAAGUGAAGCUGUCUUUGUUUAAAGUUUCUCAAACUAUUGCAAGCCGUUUUUAAUUC